AUGGGGAAUCGCCACGAGGGGUGCGGAAGGGGAGGAGAGAAGGACAUGAGUGAAGGGCAGUCGGUCGGGCGGACGGGCAGGCGGGGAGGCAGGAGAGCCGGUGACAGUCGCUUAAAUAUGAGGAGGAGCGCUCUCCUAUUGGGCGCUUACGCAACACUAACGGUCAGGUGGCACUCUCCCCAAUCAGGACGAAGCUGUACGGCGCCAACCGGUCUCACCGCCAGCCCGGCACCGGGGCCCGGCGGGUCGGCAGGCCCUGACUGA